ACCUGACUUCUCUUUAAUGUCAAUUGAUGCCAAUGCAAGUAUGGCGGACUUUGGCGACAUGAACUCGCGCGAAGUGACAGAGAAUCAUGUUCAUAAACGGUGCAAUAAUCAGUGGGUGCGACUGAAUGUAGGCGGGACGUAUUUUUUAACGGCGAAGACCACCCUGGCGAGAGAUCCGAACUCGUUCCUCUACCGACUGUGCCAAGAGGACUCGGACCUCAUUUCGGACAGGGACGAAACGGGAGCGUACCUGAUAGAUCGCGAUCCUACGUACUUCAGUCCGGUUUUAAAUUAUUUGCGCCACGGCAAGCUGGUCAUCAACAAGGACCUCACGGAGGAGGGUGUGUUAGAGGAGGCGGAGUUUUAUAAUAUCACCGAGCUCAUUCGGCUAAUCAAAGAAAGAAUUAUACUGAGGGACACUCGGCCACAGAGAGACUCCAAGAAGCACGUCUACAGAGUACUGCAGUGUCACGAGGAUGAGUUGACACAAAUGGUAUCUACCUUGUCGGACGGGUGGAAAUUUGAACAGUUAAUUAACAUAGGUUCUCAAUACAACUAUGGUAAUGACGAUCACGCCGAAUUCCUGUGUGUCGUAAGCCGGGAAUACGGAGCGAAUCAGCUCAGCAGUAAGGAGCAGGAAUCCACGGAUCGUGUCAAGGUUUUGCAGCAGAAGGGUUCACGCAUGUAAUGUCUAGACCCGCGUCCUUGUUUUCCCUUGCCUCCUUUAGUUUGAUCAACUGCGCUGCGACAAGAUGAAGACUGUUUUCGUUUUUACAUUUAAAACGUUACAUUGUAAAACCCCGUGUAUACUUCUCUCCAUAUUAUAUUCUCUCUAUUUCUACUACUACCGUCUAAUGUUUACAUAUAGGGACAUUAUUGUGCAAAGGAUAAGCAAAUUUUAUAGACAUGUAUUUAUUACAUAGCAAGAUUGUACAUGAAGCUUUAAAACCGAAAGUAUCACGUUAUUAUUAAUUUAUUCCUCUUCAUUAUAUCGACACAGUGUCCGAGAGAGCAAAAUGGAAUAAAGAAAGAAAGAAAGAAAGAAAAACACAAGAAAGAGAAUGUUGAUCUCAAAAAUGGGAAAGGGAUAGCUUAAUAAUUUCGUACAGUUUAUAUACAGAUAUAAUCGCUAUAAUACGACAUGCAUCAAGCAGGAACCUUCCUUUUUCUAUUAAGCACAUCUAUCUGCUUUAAAAGCAGGUGAAAUGCUAUAGUCAGUGAGAGAGCGAGAGAGAGCGAGAGAGAGAGAGAGAGAGAGAGAGAGAGAGAGAGAGAGAGAGAAAGCGCAUAGUUAUAUAUUAUUAAUAAAUAAUGUUGUUCCAUAAUGGCUGCAGUUAUGUUUUAGCUUUAUCGAAUACUCUAAUGAAUGGCACUCGUGGAGACAGGCAAUCAGUUUCAUAGAAAUUUCUAUACGGUAGCUCUUGUCUUCGGUAUAAUAGUAGGUGUAGGUCGUGUCAUUUUUGUACCAAAAUGUACAAAAGAGAGAGAGAAAGAAAGAAGAAAAGAGAGAGAGAGAGAGAGAGAGAGAGAAAGGGUUCUUUUUCCCAUCCGUGUCCUUAUCGUAAGAUGUCUAAAUUACUUACCUUCGCACUGCCGCUAUAUAAAGAAGAGAAGGACAUAAAAUAAUGUUUGUAAUACCUAACGUGAUAAUUUUCGAAACCCGAUGCAUAAACCGAUAUAAUUAUGAGUACGUGAGGGAGCGCUGAGACUUUUUACACAAUACUGUUCGUACGAGAGAGGAAAAAAAAAGGGAUUUUUUCUAAACGAAGCAAUUUUUAUUACACUACUUAUAUUAAGGAUAUACACAAAUCUCCGGGAGAAGACGCGCGUGAAAGAUGGCAGAGGCUUAAAGAAUUCGCGAGGAGGUGCCAUUGCGGAAGGGAAUUUUCAGCAGCGAAACACAUACACACACACAUACGCGAUGUAUUUCAUGUAUCUCACAGCGUUACGCGAAAACCCAAAAAGAAAAGAAAAAAAGAGAGAAAAGAGAAAAAAGCAGAGAGGAAAAGAGAAACAGAUAAUGCGAUUCCGUUGUUGCAAAUCAGUAGAGAAGGAAGAGAAGGACGUGUUAUACAACUAGAGGGAUCUCCACGUUGUUUCGUUUCGCACAGGAUAUUUGCAGUUGCAAUAUGGUCCUUUACAUCCGUAGUGACACGCGCGAGGAUACUUGCGACGAAGGUGUAGGUGUCAAUUGUCGAAGGCCUACUCGAAGAAAGUGUCCUAGACAAUAUAUUCAUACUUAACGAGAUGUUAUUAUACAAUACGAGGAAAAGAAGAGCGCGUCGUAUAAUCCUAUACGGCACAAGAGUUGCGGCAAUAUUGCAGCAACGUUGCAACAAUGUUUCUGCAACUCUUGCGCUAUAUGGGAUAUCGGCUUGUCGUAGAUGUGCCAUUAGUAUUAUCGUACACACCGAAGUUAUUGUUUCUCACGCAUAACGCAAUGUUGUUCCCCUUUUGCAACAAGCAAACUUGCACCAUUGGCAGAGAGUGGCGAUUAAAACGCGAUGGACGCGACGUUGCAUUUUUAUACAUUUUUGUCAUUGUGUGUCAUCAUCGGUCUCGAUAUAUCGUACACCUAAGCUGCGAGAGAGAACACGGAAGCAAAAGACGAUAAUAGUAAUAGUGAUAGUAAUAAUAAUAAUAAUAAUAACGACGAGAUUGUAACAGCGAUUGUAAUAAUAACGAUACCAUUCGGAUUGGCUGGUGAACGGUUCUCACUUGGUAAAUCGCGACGGAAAACCUUUCAGAGACUCUAGGACCAAUAUUGUUAAUCCCGCGCUGUGUACAGUGUUGUUUAGGCUAAAACGUAAGGCAUAUAUUCUUUUCUAGCUCAAAUCCACCGGUCCGGUCGUUAAUUUAGUAUCGGCGUCAAUCAUUAACGUUCAUCGUCGUCGUUAUCACCACCACAUACACACACACGCG